GGUUUGAUGGUUUGAUGGUUUGAUGGUUUGAUGGUUUGAUUGUUUGACCGUCUUGACACUUGACUCUUGACUCUUGACACUUGACAUCUCUAUUGUUUCUGCUGUGUUGACUCCGUGUAUCCUCUCUGCCAGCUUUGCCUUUCUGUUCUGCUCAAGUUGUGAAUGCCCAUCCAUCACUGUCAUAAGGUUACCCGCUCGCACACCUGCCACACACACCACACACACCACACGUACCAAGCAAAUAUCAGACAGACUCCAAGGUUUUACUUUCAGCCCCUCAGAAUCAGGAUAUACGAGUACGCGCUCGAUACGAGGUUCAGGAAUACCUACCACCAUUCCAUACCUCUCUAGGUUAUCGGAGAACACUUGGAAAAACAUCCCUCAACCUUCGCAUUUGAGCGUGCACUUUACAUUUGAGCGUACACUUUGCAUUUGAGCGUACACUCUACACACCAUCAAUCAAAAUCAAAAAAAAAAAAUUCAACAAACCGCCAACAUGGAAUUCUCAAUACAUAAUUUGCAGAAAUACAAACUAGCUGUGCACAUCGUACAGCUAGCUAUGGCAGUCGUCAUAUGGAUAUUGGAUAUCAUCGUCAUGCGAUCAACUGCCACUGUAGAUGGAAGACUUGGAUGGAAUUUCGGUUAUACCUUCUUGGUUUUACCCGCAGUGAUAUAUCUUACCAUGACGGUACGAUUCCCCAGGACGAGAAAAUUCGCAAACCCUUAUGCGCUGUUGGCGAUUGAUCUCGUUUGGUGUAUUAUGGCUUUGUCGGCUUUUGCUGCGGUCGCAAACUGGAACGGAGCAGGGAAAUGUGGAAGCGGUUGUAAAGUGAGCAAAGCAGUUGUUGGAUUGGGCGUUUUCUUAUGGCUCUUCUGGAUUGUCUCAACAGCAAUGUCAUUCUAUGGUCUGGUGUACUAUAAACGAGAAGGAUAUCUUCCCGGCGCAUCCCGAGCUCCCAACAACGCAGCCAUGAUCGAUCCCGACAAAGAAGCUUUCUCCACCGCUCCCCACGAUGACGAAUAUGCCCCAGUUCACAACGCAGAAGAGCACGAAGAGCAUGAAUUACACGACGAUGGAUAUCCCGGGGGAAACUUCGUAGGCAGAGUUCACUCACCAGAUUACGAACCUUCGAGUUAUGGAGGGUCAUACGCACCUACGUCGACGGCUCAUCAUGAUGAUUUGGAAGCUUCAACUGCGUAUACCGGAUAUAGUGCGAGUGGGUAUGGCGGAUCACAAAACUCGAGGACGGGGCGAGCUCAGUUCCCCGAGGGAAAUUAUGGUAAUAUUCCGGUCAUUGGUGAACCAUGAGAAACUUCAUUAUUCAAGAAUAAUUGAGUAAUACAUCAUACAUGAACGGAUGGAUGGAUGGAAGGAUGGAUGGAUGACACAUGAUAGAUGAUUUCACAUUGGCGUUUCUGGCUUCCUCCUGCUGUGGUUUUGAUACCAAUGGAUACCGUUUGAAAGGCUCUGUGCAUAUUGUGCUGGAUUGGUAGAUGGACUGGCUGAGAAAGAAACAACAUACAGGUACAUUUGAAACGAUGCAUUUCCUGCAUACAUCACAUGUGCCAGAUUGUAUGGGAACAACAUAGGUCAUCGGGAGGAAACAUGACUUGCAUAUGUAUAUUCGGGGGUUUUAGGAGCAAUGGGUGGAGGACUUUACUUGGCAUCAGCAUGGCAUCGGAUGAGUAUGAGCAUGAGGAAUGACUAAAUUUGAUGGAAGGGAGCGAUGAGGGAGAUUCGUUAUAUAGAAAUAUAUUUGUAGAAGACAAUGAAAUGGAAAUUUAUAUGUGUCGUUGA